ACACACACACACACACACACACACACACACUUCCAGGAGCUCCUCACCCACACGUGUGACGCUGGCCAGUCAGUUCAGGAGCGGCGGUCGGCCAGGCUGCUGAGUGCUUCACUGCGGCGCGGACUUUCUCACAGAGUAGAGUAGAGAAGAAGAGACCCCUCUUCUCCUCUCCUCUCUAUCACUUCACACACACCUUCUGACACGCGCGCACACAAACACACACUCUCGCACACAUACAUACAAACGCACAUAGUCACAUAUAAGGGCACACACUUUUGACACUCGCUCGUUCACUCACACACACAAACACACACACAGGCACUCGUGGAAGCGUUGGAACGGAGGGAUCGCGGCAAGAGUGCGGAGGGAGGCCAGCGCCUCAGGGAUUUACUCGUCGCUCGGGCAGCUCACGCCACGGACACACCACGGACGAUCGAGCACACUCACGGAUGGAUAGGCAUAGGCGGACGUCGGCAGUGGCACUUGCGCGGACGAUGAUGACGGGAGUGGGAACGGGACUGAGACUGAGCGCGUCGUGCUGGGAUGGAGUGAGCCGCGCUCCUUUGCUGCUACUACUACUGCUGGGACUGACAGCGCUGUUCUCACAGGCUCAUGCUAACGUCCUGGACGCCAUGCUGCUGAGGAACUCUGCGAAGGUGGCGGCGGACAGCAACAAGGAGGCGAGUGGAGGCACGGCCCCCGCACUGCCCCAGAGGCUGCUGUGGUGCUACUGCUACCACCAUUGCCCCGAGGACUCCAAGAACAACACCUGCAGGACAGAUGGGUUCUGCUUCACCAUGGUGGAGGAGGAGGAGAGUGGUGUGGUUCUGACCUCUGGCUGUCUGGGGCUCGUAGGCUCGGAGUUCCAGUGCAGGGACACAGGCAACUCUCGCCAGAGGCGUUCUCUGGAGUGCUGUACUGACCAGGACUACUGCAACAGAGACCUGAGGCCAACGCUGCCCCCUCUCAAAACUCCCAAUUAUGUGGAUGGAAAUAUCCACCACAUGGCCCUGCUGAUCUCAGUGACGGUGUGCAGCAUCAUCCUGUCCAUAAUCAUCGUCUUCUGCUACUUCAGGUAUAAGCGUCAGGAGUCUCGUCCACGCUACAGCAUGGGUCUGGAGCAGGACGAGACCUACAUCCCCCCAGGGGAGUCCCUCAAGGACCUCAUUGAGCAGUCACAGAGCUCCGGCAGCGGAUCAGGACUCCCUCUGCUGGUGCAGCGCACCAUCGCCAAGCAGAUCCAGAUGGUGAAGCAGAUCGGGAAGGGCCGCUACGGGGAGGUGUGGAUGGGCAAGUGGCGCGGCGAGAAGGUGGCCGUCAAGGUCUUCUUCACCACCGAGGAGGCCAGCUGGUUCAGGGAGACCGAGAUCUACCAGACGGUGCUCAUGAGGCACGAGAACAUCCUGGGCUUCAUUGCGGCGGACAUCAAAGGCACAGGCUCCUGGACGCAGCUGUACCUGAUCACGGACUACCACGAGAGCGGCUCGCUGUACGACUACCUCAAGUCCACCACGCUGGACACCAAGGCCAUGCUGCGGCUGGCCUACUCCUCCGUCUCCGGCCUCUGCCACCUGCACACUGAGAUCUUCGGCACGCAGGGCAAGCCGGCCAUCGCCCACCGCGACCUCAAGAGCAAGAAUAUCCUGGUCAAGAAGAACGGCACCUGCUGCAUAGCCGACUUGGGGCUGGCAGUCAAGUUCAUCAGUGACACAAACGAGGUGGACAUCCCUCCCAACACGCGGGUGGGCACCAAGCGCUUCAUGCCUCCUGAGGUGCUGGACGAGAGCCUCAACCGCAACCACUUCCAGUCCUACAUCAUGGCCGACAUGUACAGCUUCGGCCUCAUCCUCUGGGAGAUCGCCAGGAGAUGCGUGUCAGGAGGCAUCGUAGAGGAGUACCAGUUACCGUACCAUGAGAUGGUGCCCACAGACCCCUCGUAUGAAGACAUGAGGGAGGUGGUGUGCAUCAAGAGGUUACGGCCCUCAUUCCCCAACAGAUGGAGCAGUGACGAGUGCCUGAGGCAGAUGGGUAAGCUGAUGACCGAGUGUUGGGCCCACAACCCUGCCUCCCGCCUCACGGCCCUGCGCGUCAAGAAAACCCUGGCCAAGAUGUCUGAGUCGCAGGACAUCAAGCUCUGAGAGCAAGACAGGAAGACAGAAAGACAGAGACACAGAGAAAGCGGCAGAGACCAGGAAAGACUUGGGCCAAGCAAUGGCAAUGAGGCUGGUGGCAGCAGCAGCAGCAGCAACAACACGAGUUAAAAAAAAAGGAAAACAAUCUGAAAAGGACAUAUCGAGCUUUCGAGCUGACCCACAAUCCUCUGCUCCGCUGGGUCGGAACAGGAACAGGAAGGGCCCCCCGAUCGGUGAUAGCGGGCCACUGGGGAUGGACGGAUGGAUGGAUGGAUGGAUGGCUGGCUGGAGGGCUGGAUGGAUGGACCUGAACUGACCCGACCUCAUCUCACCCCAUAGCCGACCCCCAACAUGGACGCCCACAGCGAUGCAGAAGAAAAGAAGGAAGUGGGAGUGGCACAGAGGAAGACUAGAAAGAAAAGGAGGAGGAGGAGGAAGAGAGGGGAUGAGGAUGAGGAGAAACACAAGACACAGGAGAUGGAGGAGACAAGACUUCUUUUUAAAAAAAAAAAGACUUGAUUUUGUUGGGUCGGGAUGUUUUCUUUUUCAUUUGUUUGCUCUCUGUUUUGGUGGGUUGAUUUGGGGUUUGGGGUGGUAUAAGAAGAAGAGGAGGGAAGGAGGUGUCGAAGUCACCGGAGUGAAUCACUGAGCUGAAGAUCUCCUGUUGUGGUCAGUAGCAGCAGCGGCAGCAGCAGCAGUGGCAGCUAGUGCCUUUAAUCAAGAGGAGGCCUACCCCGUUUGAUCUUCAUCUGUCUGCUGUGGGGAGUCGGCAAGGACAAGCUUGCCGUGUCUCCGACAGAGGGAUGUAGAGAAAGAGAGAGGAAGAGAGAGCAAGAGAGGGAGGGAGGGAGGGAGGGAGAGAGAGAUGAAGGAGGAGGAGGAGGAGGAGGAGAGGGAGCAAGAGCAAGCCUUCGCCCCACUGGUUGCUUUCUGUGAAAGCUUUAUCAGAAGACUGCAGACUUUUUUAAUGUGUGCUUGUUUUUGACUUCCGUGGGGAGGGAAGGAGGCUGAGCAGACCGGAACGAGGGGAGGGGGAGAGAGAGAGAGAGAGAUGUGGUGGGAAGGAUGGAUGGAGAGAUGGAAAGAUGGAUGGAGGGAGGGAGUGAGGGAUGGAGAGAUGCAGAAGUUGGUGAACCAAACAGCAGGGACACACGCGCACAAGGAGGUCUGCCUGGACAAUCAGGGGCCUUGGCCCAGUAUUGACUUUCUCUCUCCGCCUCACACACACACACACGCACAUACGCGCGCAUGCACGCGCGUGCGCGCACUCACACACACACACACACACACACACACACACACACACACACACACACACACACACACACACACACACACACACACACACACACACACACACACACACACACACAUACAGCGCCUCCUUCGCUGCUCCAGCUCCCCUGCUGACUUAGGUCGUGAUGUGCUUGCUGACCAGAGGACAAGGGCAUACGGAGGAAUCAAGCUGUGGCAGCGUAGCCAUCUACUUUUGCUGUUUUUUUAUUUUAUUUUUUAUUUUUUUAUUUAAUCCCUCCCUUUGCGGUCUGAUGUUUUUUUCCCUUUCUCUCAUGCUGUUCUAUGGUACUUGUUGUGAACUUUGUUAGUUGUGCACUGGCUGGUGGUAUACCCGAACCAAAGACUGAAUUCAUGUAUAGCGAGGGGUCAUUCAAGGUUGUUUGAGCGCAGAUGAGAUGUGUGUCUUCUCUGUGCUAUGAGUUGAAAUUGAAUUGAAACAUGCUGUAGGCUAGGCUAGGUCUUGACACACGCAUGUGUGCACAUGCACACACGCACACGCACACACACACACACACACACACACACACACACACACACACACACACACACACACACACACACACACACACACACACACACACACACACACACACACACACAGAGUAGAACUUGGCAUUGAGCGGCAGCGAAGGCUUGACAAAUCAUUUUUUACUCACUGCCACUUCAGACAUUUUGUUUUUAUUCCGUCUAAUGAAACCCUCUGAAAGGUUUUGAAAGCCGUCUUUAGGUUUCAGGAAAAGCCUGACACUUUCGAGUGGCAGGCAAAGCUGACCUUCAACUCUGUAUGUGGGUAGGCCUACACAGGGCCGACAGUUUUGGCAGGGCCCAGGGCAAAGUCAUCUGAAAGGGCCCCCAGCCCAACAGAUGCAAUGUAAUGAGGACCCAAUUCUGAGCCCCUUCUCUCCCUGGGCCCGGGACAACUGUCCCUUCGUCCCCCCCUGUCGGCACCCCUGGGCCUACGGACUGAAACUGAACUGCUGCAUUGGCAGUUUUUCUUUCGCCCGUCCGCAAACUUCUACCUGAGAAAUCCAACACACUGCUUAUAUUUAUUUUCGUCAGUGGGUGAGCAGGCAGGCGAGCUCACAGGCACGGUGUAGCGUGGUAUGGUACACACAUGCCCUGCCUUGUCCUGUCUUGUUAGCUCACACCAGUGGAAAAAAGACUUGACACUUGUUUCUUUUGUUUAUGAAUGGCAAGGCCUUUCCCAUACAAACAAUAAAUAAAUAAAUAAAUAAGGUCUCAGUUUUAAUGGAAGACGCCACUUCAGAAAGUCUCGAGACUUUUGACUCUGGAGUUAGUCUAAGAGAGGAGUCAUCCCAAUGCUCCUAGCCUGCUGUUUACUUAAGUUAGCUGGCUAACAAGGUAAACACACAACAACAUCAUUACCAUUGCAGUUUUUUUAAAGCUGUUUACACAAAAUCUUAACAUAUCACACAAUUUUCAUUGUCAAUGUCAUUUCAUUUUCAUUGCCCAAUUUUCAAUUGCACACUUGAAAUUCACAGCUACCCAUCUAAUUGGCAAAACUAUGCGUUAAAUCUCGCCCCUCACAGCUGUCUUUGAAACAAUCAACGAGAGUUUAGAUAGUGUGUAAUAACUUGCUAAGACAAAGACAGCUAUGAAAACUGAAAACUGUGAAAAUGCAGUGCAUAGUUUCGCUGAUGAGGAGUUGUGAAAUGUCAGUGUGAAAAUGGUGUGAUAUGAUGAAGGUUUUGUGUUUCAACAGCUUAAUAAAAAAUCUGUCUCCAUGCCCCCCCCCCCCCCCCCCCUCCUCUCCUCUCCUCUCUCCUCAUUCAAUCAUUCAAUCCACACAAUCAGUUGUGUCUCUCUUGUUUUGCUGUGUAUGUACGGUCCAGUCAUGGAGCCCUAUCUUGCACCUCCGCCACAGGGCCUCAGUGUGCCUUAUUUAACCUGUACAGAACUGUAAAUGAAGAGUGGAUGAUAUGAUAUGUGAUCUAAUUAAUAUGGAUGUUCUAGGCUUUACA